UCGAGGGCGGAGUCUUGCGUAACCGCAGCGUACUGUACGCACUGGACGUACUGGACACGGGACAAAUUCACCCUUUCACACCGAACGUUGUUUUAUUUAAUCGCCAAAAUGGCUGCUGGUUCAUGUGUUUACAAACUUUUGCCGCUGCUCAGGGGACGCUUUUGCAGUGGAACGUCUUCUGGUGCCACACGCUCAGCUGUCCGUGCGUUCUCGCGCACGAACAUUCGUUCCCAGUUGCCCAGAGCGGGGGGCGCCGGUGCCGUAAACGCUCUGACGGGGGAGGUGGACCGGUUCGGCGGAGUCACCGUGAACCUGGAGGCCGCCGGUUUACCCGCGGACAUCAGCGACAGUUUAUUCGGCAGAUUAUUGCGAGAGUCUCUGGUGCAGUGGAAAGCAGAGGGAAAGGUAGCAGUGUGGCUCCGGGUUCCCAUCUCACUGAGUCGAUGUGCCGCCGCAGCUUCCGCUCACGGCUUCACCUUCCACCACGCCAGACACCACCACGCCGUCCUCGCUCUGUGGCUGGGAGACGGCGAGAGCAGACUGCCGGGGUUUGCGACUCACCAGGUCGGCGUGGCAGGUGCCGUCGUGGAUGAAUCCAAUGGGAAAGUUCUCGUCGUCCAAGACAGAAACAAGACAAAGAACGCUUGGAAGUUCCCCGGUGGUUUGUCCGAUCCUGGAGAAAACAUCGGAGCCACGGCUGUACGGGAAGUGUUGGAGGAAACGGGCGUUCGCUCCGAGUUCCGGUCUCUGCUCAGCGUCCGGCAGCAGCACGACCACCCCGGCGCCUUCGGCAUGUCGGACAUGUACGUCAUCUGCCGCCUCAGCCCGCUCACCUACGACAUCCACUUCUGCACGCAGGAGUGUCUGCGCUGCGAUUGGCUGGACCUCGCUGACCUCGCCCACACGGACGACACCACGCCCAUCACCUCGCGCGUCGCCAAGCUGCUGCUUCACGGCCUCGAGCGCGGCUUUGACCACGUGGACCUGACCAUGGAGGAGCUUCCUGCCGUCUACUCUGGGAAGUUCUACCAGCUCUAUCACAGACGGCUUCCCCCGACACGAGAACGCUAACUCACGACGGUCCGCGGUCCUCGUGUUUGAAGAUUACGACGACGACGACGACGACGAGUGGUGAAGAAAACGGUGCAAUAGACAGAAACUGAUGUUCCUCAGACGCUGCAGAGUUUUAACAGAGCUGAGAGCACAGCUCAAACCAGCUCAAACCAGCUCAAACCAGCUCAGUCCAGCUCAGUCCAGCUCAAAGCAGCUCCGUGACCUGCCGCAUGUUCCCAUACGCACAAACCUUUAAUGUUCUCCUCGAAGCAAACCUCAUCCCUGUGAAUAUUUCUGAAUAUGAGUUCACACAGCACUGAUUAAUCCUCCUCCAUCAGCUCCACGUGACUCACUUUGUUUACGCGGCCAUGUUGGCAGCCGUCGGGAGGUCGCGUUAGUUUGAGCAAUAAGCUCCGCCUCCCCUGGAGUGUGGACAUUAUUCCACACCUGCGACAUCAUCUUCCACUCUCUCUGAUAAUCUGGUCCUCGACACUGACAGGUACAAAGCGCGGCGACGGUUAUAAAUGAAGCCGAAAUAGCGUUGUUUUGAUUCAGCUACCGGCGCUCUGUAGAUCACUCCUGCACACAGGAAGUGAUGCGUUUUACAUCACAACGCUACACAACACACGAGUGAAGUGAGACAAACGGCUCCAAAGGUUUUUGGAGGUCACGCCUCGAGGUGGUGCUAAAUACUCAGAAUUCCUCAUGGGGGCGACAGAGGCACCGGGAUUUAACGCUA